AUGUUAAUGCAAACUCACGUAAGUUACUUGGCAAGUUUUUUGGCUAUCUCUUACUUCCAGAUCGGUCUCCUCUCUCUGACGCUCUCAGCGGACCCAGCUUCCCUGGAAUAUGGGAUUUACCUUAGUAUUGCUGAGGUAUUCCAGCUCGUGGAGUUGUUUGUGCUAGGACCACGCCUAAUCCUCGGUGUCUGA